CCCUACGGUCAGCAGUCCUUUCUCGUGUCUUUGUUCUUGUGACCUCGUAGUAUUGGGAGGAUGCUUCUGUGACCUCGUAGUAGCAUUCGCGUCAUCAGGAAAUGUGCGUGUCCUGCAACAAUGUCGGUAUCAUCAGUCGAAGAAGUAGAUCACAGGAAAAGUUAUGCUAGCAGAAAGCAUUUUCAGACAGAAAUGUGUGCGACAUCCGCUUCAAUGAACCGAAAAUAAUUCAAAUCGAUCUGUUUACGAAAAGCGUAAUUAUAUGCGUUUAUCAGCAUCUUUACCUUAUUACGUAAUCAGCGCAAGAAUAGUGGUAUAAGUAUUCGCUCUUGUAUUAGCUGUAGUGCAAGUCUGCGUGUUUUUUUUUUAAUUAAUGCCAUCAUAUAAACGACUAUUAAUUAAACCACUAGAUCAAUACGGUGUGCGACGAAUUUUUGCCGAUUUCGAGCACUGAAAACACUUUGUUCAAAAUGUUUUUGUUACUGUGCAUAAACAUUUUCUUUUUAACGUGCAACGCCGUAAAUAUAAGCCCUUCGUGCAGGGAUGAAAACAACCAGGUCGUCGAUUGGUAUGUACUUUACAAGCUACCAAUGCCACAAAGCAGCGAGCCUAUAAUUAGGGAAGGAUUAGCGUAUUUAUAUAUAACUAAUAAAACUGUUGACAAAGGGUGGCAAUUAUCUACGAAAAAAAUUAGUGACAAGAAUUCUAUACCGGGAAAUACUUUGGCACUUUUGUACAAUGAUACAGUAGCUUCGAAGAAUUUUUGGUUCAUGUAUAACGACGAUCCGCCUAAUAGACCUAGCAGUGGAAAAUAUGGCCAUGCAAAGGGCGUCGUAGUAGCAAAUAUGCAACUAGGUUUCUGGUUAAUACACAGUGUCCCGAAUUAUCCACCUAUACCCAACAGCGGCAAUGACACAAGACGGGGACAAAAUGUGGAGGAUCAGACUCCGGGAAAUCGGUCCGAGUACGAUUAUCCAACAUCCGGGAUGAAUUUCGGACAGAGCUUCUUGUGUAUCUCUAUGAACGGGGAUCAACUCGACGUGAUCGGUAAACAGAUGAUGUAUAAUCAGAUAAUAGUAUACAGAAGAAACAUUCCCGCCACGUUCGCCCAGAAAUUUUCGGUGCUCACGGAUGCGGCUAAUCAAAAGCGCAUCAGACAAGCACCUUUUUUCAACAAAGAGAAUUUCAGAUCACGCGGUGGCGUCAAUUUUACAUCAUUCGCUAAGAGCGACAAGUGGCAGAAAGAGAUAUACGAUGACUAUGUCGCACCAACAUUGCGAGUUGAUUUAUUUGCGGAAACGUGGUUGAAUGGACGAGGUAGAUUACCAUCGGAGUGUGAGCGCACAAAAGUAUACAAUGUUAAAUCUAUUUCUUUGCCCGACUUUAACAUUGAUUUUACAAGCAGCCGCGAUCACUCAAAAUGGGCGGUGGCAGUAGACGGUAAAUCUAAGCAAACCUGGACCUGCAUCGGCGAUAUCAAUCGAGCGGACACUCAAUACAUACGAGGCGGUGGAACUGUCUGCUUUAAUAACAAGAAAAUAUGGACCAAUUAUCGGCAAGCUGUGAAUGAUGUAGAACCAUGUCCUAAACAGUAGCAGUUUUAGUUUAACGAGUUUGUUUAUAAUCUUAUAAAAAGAAUAAGUGUCGAAAUAUUUGAUUACAGUGUUAAUAAUAAUUUUCAUCGAUGCUUAUAGUAUAUAAUUGAUGCAUUGAAGAAAUUAAUGUAAAAAGAAAAUUGUGUAAGAAAUAAUAUAUAGGGUAGUUAAACAUAUCGUA